AUGGUGGGAAGAAAGAGGAUUCUUUGUGAUUUAGAUAAGGCUUUCUACAAUGUUAAAUGGCUGGAGAAAUAUGAUGGAUGGAGCUACAAAGUAGGUGUAAGGGGGACUUCAGAUUAUGGAGCAUUAAUGGGAGGUGUAACUACUUUUACAAGACCUUCAAAUAUACCUUUUAGGUAUCAAGCUGUGUGGACAACUCAUCCAACUUUUAUCAAAGUAAUACAAGAUUCAUGGAAUGAAGAGAUUUUUGGGAAUCCUGCUUUCUGUUUUACUAGUAAAUUGAAAAGACUCAAAAAUUGGCUUAUGAUCUGGAAUUGGGAGGUGUUUGGGGAUAUAAAAGCAAAAGUUAAAACUACUGAAGAUAAUGUAAUUGCUGCUUCUUUAGAAUCAGAUGCAGAUCCUGAAAAUAUAGUGUUGUUAAAUAACUUGAUCAUUGCAAGGGGGAAACAUGAUUUAGCAUCCCAGCAGUACAAUGAGUUAAUGAGAGGAAAAGCCAGGGUCAAAUGUGUUAAAGAAGGUGGUGCUAAUACAGCUUUCUUCCACACAACUAUGAAAAUUAGAAAAUCUUAUAAUAACAUUUUUGAAAUAGAGGAUGAAGCCGGAAAUAUAGUUACUUCUCAAGAUCAAAUUUCAGAUGUAUUAGUUACACAUUACAAAAAGAAGUUUGAGAGGAGAAAUGUAGUGUUUGAGGAAGAUCUUUUUGAAGCAAUUCCAAAGAUACUUACUGAGGAUGAUAAUAUUUUUUUGGAUGCAGUUCCUUCACAAGAAGAGAUCAAAAAAGUUGUCUUUGGGAUGAAUGCAAACAAUACACCUGGUCCAGAUGGGUUUCCAGGACUUUUUAUAGAUUUUCUUGGAAUGUGA